CCCAAAUGACGACGGCCGGACAGAACUUCCUAAAUAAGGGCUUAUUUGACCUUUUUUGGUUAGUACAUUGGCCUAUUUGCACAUUUUCCCUUGAUUAAAAGGCCCAUCUAGUGACCAUCUGAUUAUUAUGGUGACAAUGGAGAAAGAGAUGAGGGCUAGGCAUAGAGCUAAUAUCAAAUUUGGAAAUAUCUGGCUGAAAGAAGCUAAGAGAGAAUGUAGAGAUCUUAUUAUUCGAUCCCGGUGGAGUUCUGAGAACUUAUCCAUUUGGCAGAGAUUGGAGAUGUGUGGACAUGAUUUAAGUGUGUGGAGAAAAUAUAGAUCCUUGGGCUUUCAUAGCAGCAUUGAGGUUUGCAAUGCUAGAUUAAAUCAACUCUGGAGUGAGGGAAACAAUUCUGACAUAGGCAAGUGCAUGCGGACGAAGGCCACUUUACUUGAUCUAUUACAUAGACAAAAUAAAUUUUGCCAGCAAAGAGAAAAAGAGUUCUAGCUCAAAGAAGGGGACAAGAAUUCUAGGUUAUCCCAAAAUGCAGUGAAAUAGCGUCGAAGGAAAAAUUAUAUAAAAAACCUGAAACGGGGUAAUAGGGAAUGAAAGGUGAACAUAGAGAGAAUGAGCACUAUAAUUGAAUUCCAUUUUACGGAGAUCUUCUCAUCGAAUGAUGUAUGCAUCGAUCAUCUUGAAUUGUUUGGAGUCGAUCAUCGAAUGAGCACUACUGGGAUAUUUUGGGUGGUGAUAUUGUGGCUUUCGAUGGGGAUUUUCCCUAGGGAGAGGGCCUCAAUUCGCCAUUUGUAACCGGGGCCUCCAAAUUCAUUAGACGGCCCUGGUUGGGCCUAUAAUGCUAUCUGAAGAAUGCCA